CGCGUAACGCAAUAGGCCAACUCCAGUCAACGCACGCGAGCGAAAGACAUUUUCACUGCUCAUUCCUCAAUCUGCAAGCUGUCGAGCACACGCCGCCACACUAGGGAGCAAAAUGGACCAGACUGCCAGUCAUCAGCUCCUUGUGGAGGCCAACAACGCUCUGGUGCAGGAGCUCAAGGCCACAGUUGAACGCAUGCAGGACGUCGAGGUGGAGCUAGACGACGUGCAGUUGGCGCUGAAGGAGGACCGCGAGGAGGUCGAGACAUACACGGAUGACAUCGCCGACUGCUGGGACCGCAUCAACGCCAUCGACGAGUUCGUGCGCGACCUCGAGGCUGGCAACGUUCCAGCGAUGGACGACGUGACGACGAUCGUGUCGAACAUGGCAGAAGAGCGUGAGGAGGAGGAAGCUAUGCUGACACGACUGGGUGAAGUUCGUGCGUGCCACGAGCAGCAAAUACAGCAGAUGAACGCGAAAUUGACGACGCUGCAAGAGGAGAAACUGAUGUUGCAGAAGAAGAGUGCUCAGAUCUGGUGCGUCUUAGGCCGCACCGGCGUCUUUGAGUUGGCGAUGCGGCGUCUUAGUGAACGCACCAUCAAAACGGUGUAGAAUCCACACGAAGAGAACACUCGAUAUUUAUUAGCCCGCGACGUUAGAUUGUUUAGUUUUGAGUGUGUAGUAGGUACAAUGCAGCUAAAUACAUGUAGUUUUCCUAUCUA